AUGGUAGCAUUAGCAUUCCAAGGUCAUCUCAAUCCAAUGCUCAAAUUCGCAAAACAUCUCGCACGAACCAAUCUACACUUCACUCUCGCCACCACUGAGCAAGCCCGUGACCUCCUCUCUUCCACCGCUGACGAACCUCAUAGACCGGUGGACCUCGCUUUCUUCUCAGACGGUCUACCUAAAGACGAUCCAAGAGAUCCCGACACUCUCGCAAAGUCAUUGAAAAAAGAUGGAGCCAAGAACUUGUCAAAAAUCAUCGAAGAAAAGAGAUUUGAUUGCAUCAUCUCUGUGCCUUUUACUCCCUGGGUUCCAGCUGUUGCAGCUGCACAUAACAUUCCUUGUGCAAUCCUCUGGAUCCAAGCUUGUGGAGCUUUUUCUGUUUAUUACCGUUAUUACAUGAAGACAAAUCCUUUCCCCGACCUUGAAGAUCUGAAUCAAACAGUGGAGUUACCAGCUUUACCAUUGUUGGAAGUCCGAGAUCUCCCGUCAUUGAUGUUACCUUCUCAAGGAGCUAAUGUCAAUACCCUAAUGGCGGAAUUUGCAGAUUGUUUGAAAGAUGUGAAAUGGGUUUUGGUUAACUCGUUUUACGAACUCGAAUCAGAGAUCAUCGAGUCUAUGUCUGAUUUAAAACCUAUAAUCCCAAUUGGUCCUCUUGUUUCUCCAUUCCUGUUGGGAAAUGAUGAAGAAAAAACCCUAGAUAUGUGGAAAGUUGAUGAUUAUUGUAUGGAGUGGCUUGACAAGCAAGCUAGGUCUUCAGUUGUUUACAUAUCUUUCGGAAGCAUACUCAAAUCAUUGGAGAAUCAAGUUGAGACCAUAGCAACGGCAUUAAAAAACAGAGGAGUUCCAUUUCUUUGGGUGAUACGGCCGAAGGAGAAAGGCGAAAACGUCCAGGUUUUGCAGGAGAUGGUUAAAGAAGGUAAAGGGGUUGUAACUGAAUGGGGUCAACAAGAAAAGAUAUUGAGCCACAUGGCGAUUUCUUGCUUCAUCACGCAUUGUGGAUGGAACUCGACGAUCGAGACGGUGGUGACUGGUGUUCCCGUGGUGGCGUAUCCGACUUGGAUAGAUCAGCCGCUUGAUGCGAGACUGCUUGUGGAUGUGUUUGGAAUCGGAGUAAGGAUGAAGAACGACGCUAUCGAUGGAGAGCUUAAGGUUGCAGAGGUGGAGAGAUGCAUUGAGGCCGUGACAGAGGGACCUGCCGCCGCGGAUAUGAGGAGGAGAGCGACGGAGCUGAAGCACGCCGCAAGAUCGGCGAUGUCACCUGGUGGAUCUUCCGCUCAGAAUUUAGACUCGUUCAUUAGUGAUAUCCCAAUCACUUGA